ACUUAAGGACGCGUUUUCAGAAAUACAGCCUUUUGAAGUCUUAAUAAGCAGGAACCUUGGGUUUCCCAGGCAUAAAGUGACCGACUCUACGUGACCGAAGCAUAGCAUCUUGCAGCCAUUAAACAACCGAAAGAAAUUUGAAUCAGAAUCAAGGAAUAAGAAUAAUUAUGUUCAAAGAAAACAUGAACUCAACCCAGAAGGCUCUGGUGAAUUUUUGUGCUAUAAAACCAACAGCCUACACACUUCUUUUUUCACCCAGAAUAAUUAAACACAUUGUUUCAACAAACAGCAAAAGCCACAUCAAGAUGAAAAAGUCGACCGAGGGCAGCCGCACUUAUGAGGACUUUGAGCCAACCACUUCUUGGCAACAGGAUGCUACGUACGACACUUUUAUUGUUAAUCUACCAGGUUUCAGCAAGGACCAACUGAAGGUUCAAUUGACGACAGGACGUCAACUGAGGGUGAGCGGAGAACGGCCGAAAGAGAAGGACAAAUGGAGCCGAUUUUGCUUGGAAAGACCAAUUGCUUCGCACUAUGACAUCAAUGAAAUCCGUGCAAAGUUUGAUAAUAACACACUUUACAUCAAACACCCGAAAGUUAAUAAACCAGCAGCUGAAGCACCAAAAACUGAAUCAGAAAUUAAUCAAAAGCCUCAGAAUAAAGGACAAGAAAAGGCCAGUGAAGAAGUUCAUCCAACCACAAAAAAUGAUGCUGAAAGUGUUCCGGGGAAGAGUUUAGAGAAGAAGAAUGGAGAGGUGGGAGGUGCAACAGCGGAGAAGAAGAAGAAUGAUGCUGGUGAAAAGAUGGAGAAUAAAGUGGCCGCUGAAACUUCGAAUGGAAGGGUUAAAUCUGAAGUUGUGGAAGAUUCCAAGAAGGGCUUUGGUGUUUUGCUGAGGGAGAUGAAACAUUCAAGAAAGACUAUGAUCUUGCUUGUGGCAAUUUUAUUUGUUCUGGUGAUUGUUAUUUAUGCCAGAAAUUUGGUGACGUUCAUUGGAAAAUCCAAGGACUGAAGUAUAUUGAUAAUUGUACUUUGAUAUGAAUAAUAACGUUUGUUGUGGUGCGAUUAUUUGAAAA